CAACCGUUCCUCGUCUACAAGGUCAUGCCUUCCCAGUAAUAAUAGCCAGUAGUGUUUGUCAACGACAGAGUUUCUUGAGCACCGCUGGCUACCAAAUAUCAACGAGAGAGAGAGGGGCCUUAGUGCAGAGAGCAAGGGGGAUACGUUCACCGCCUUCGCCCACAUCUACGGAAUCUCGAAUCCACAACCGACUGAUUCAGCAACUAAUCAACCCCCACAACAAUGCCAAAGACAGUCAUUGCCGCCCUGCAGAUCGGGACAAGCCCUGACGGUUCUGCAGCCACCGUUGAAAACAUUCUCAAGUAUGAACCUGAAAUCCUAGAGACUGGCUGCAAGUUGUUGGUCUUACCCGAAGCCCUACUGGGAGGAUACCCCAAAGGUUCUUCUUUCGGCACGAGGCUGGGCUUCAGGACGCCUGAGGGCAGAGACGAAUUCCUCAAGUAUUGGAAGCAGGCGGUGGACAUCCCGGGCCCCGAAGUGGACUCUCUCUGCAAGCUGGCGAGGAGAGCGAAGACCUUCAUCGUCGUGGGCGUCGUCGAACGGGGCGGCUCCACGCUGUACUGCACCGCCCUCUUCAUCUCGGACCAGGGCGAGGUCGUCGCGAAGCACCGGAAAGUGCUCCCGACGGCCAGCGAGCGGUUGAUCUGGGGCCGCGGCGACGGCUCCACUUUGCCCCUCGUCAAGACACCCGCCGGUCUCGCUGGGGCUGCCAUCUGCUGGGAGAACUACAUGCCCCUCCUGCGCUACGCCAUGUACGCCAAAGGUAUUCAGAUCUGGUGCGCGCCCACGGUGGACGAAAGGGACAUCUGGCAAACGAGCAUGAAGCAUAUAUCCUACGAAGGACGCAUGUUCCUGGUGAGCGCAUGCCAGUACCAGCCUCCCCCCACGGGAGAGAUGUGUGCAGCUUUGGGGCUGCCGGAGGGUAAGCCUAUAAUCCGAGGCGGGUCCGUCAUUUACUCGCCGAUGGGAGAGGCGUUGGCCGGCCCUGUGUACGACAGGGAGGCGCUGCUAAAAGCCGAAAUCGACCUGGACGACAUCAUUCGAGCUCGCUACGACAUGGACGUCGUUGGCCACUACGCUCGGCCUGACAUCUUCCAGCUGGUGGUGGACGAGAAGCCCAAGAACUCCAUGGACUGCCAGUAACGUCACGGAUUGCGGUCGGGGUUAAGGUGAUUCCCAUAUAAAGAAUUUUGUCCUUUUUAGCAUUAUUCUUACUAUCAUAAGUAAUAUCAGGCUAUCCGUAUUAUUUUGUUAUCAUCAUUAUUACUGCUGCUAUAAUAUUAAUCAUCAUUAUGAUUAAUAUUAUUAUCAUCAGCAGCAGCAUUAUCAACGUUGUUUUUAUUAUAGUAAUUAUUAUUCCUAUCAUCAUGAUCCUCAAGAACACCAUAAUUUUCAUCACUGUCAUCAAUAAUAGUAAUAGUAUUAGCAGUUUCGCUGUUAAAACUGCAUAUUAAAAAAAUGGUCAGUUUCACCAU